AUGGAUAAAUCAUGGAUGAAAGAAGAUAGAAGAUCACUAAAGUUUCAAAUAGGACUUGAAGAAUUUCUUAAGUUUGCGUUGGCUAAUGCAAGGGACACAAAUAGCAUAUGCUGCCCUUGCUUGAAGUGUUGUAACAAUGAUUUUUGGUCCAUAGGGGUGAUUAAGGACCAUAUAUUUUUUAAUGGCAUAGAUGUUAGCUAUAGGCAUUGGAAGUGGCAUGGAGAACCAUCAACUUCUGCCUUGAAUGUUGCUAGAGGGGAUUCUGAAACAGUUGAGAUGAAUCUUGAUUUUGGGAUAGAAGAGGAUGAAGAAGGUAUGAAGGGUAGUGAGGAUGAGGGGAUUUCAGAAGACUCGAAUGAGUUCAUGAAGUUUGUAGAGGAUGGAGAUAAGCCCCUAUAUCCUGGUUGUACCAAGACGACCAAGUUGAAUGGGUUGAUACAAACAUUCAAUUUGAAAGCUAAACACGGCAUGACUGAUGCAUGCUAUUCAGACAUGUUAAUUAUGAUUGGCCUCUUGCUUCCUGAAGGGAAUGAGUUACCAGGGUCAGUUUAUGAGGCCAAAAGAACACUUUGCGCAUUGGGGAUGGAGUAUCAAAAGAUUCAUGCUUGUCCAAAUGACUGCAUCUUAUAUAGGUUGCAGCAUGCCGAUGCGACAAGCUGCCCCACUUGUGGUGAAUCAAGGUGGAAACUAGGUAGGGACAAAUCCGAGAAAGAAGGGGUGCCGGGGAAGGUAUUGUGGUACUUUCCACCGAUCCCAAGGUUCAAAAGGAUGUUCCAAUCAACUGUUUCAGCAAAGGAACUUACUUGGCAUGUCAAGGAUAGAAAGAAGGAUGGAAUGAUGAGGCAUCCAGCGGAUUCCCCGACUUGGAAAAUGAUUGACACAAAAUGGCCAGAUUUUGGUGUAGAGCCUAGGAACCUUAGACUAGCUCUUUCAUCAGACGGGUUUAACCCACAUAGUUCUCUAAGUAGCAAAUACUCAUGCUGGCCUGUUAUACUUAUCACGUAUAACCUUCCUCCAUGGUUGUGCAUGAAGAGGAAGUACAUGAUGUUGACAUUGUUAAUUUCUGGACCUAAACAGCCCGGAAAUGAUAUCGAUGUCUAUUUGCAGCCAUUGAUUGAUGAUCUGAAAGUGUUGUGGGAUGGGGUUGAGAGAGUAUAUGAUGCUGUAAGAGGAGAGUAUUUUACAUUGAGGGCAGCACUGUUUUGGACAAUUAACGAUUUUCCCGCAUAUGGGAACUUAUCGGGAAGCAUUGUCAAAGGAUACAAUGCUUGUCCAGUAUGUGUUGAAGAGACCAAACCCUAUAGGUUGAAAAAGUCUAAAAAAAUGGCAUUCAUGAGGCACCGAAGAUUCCUACCACGAUAUCAUCCAUAUCGAAAGCAAGCUGCUGCUUUCGACAACAUUGUAGAGGAGGGUGAAGCUCCUAAACCAUUAAGUGGAGAAGAGGUUUUGUUAAGAGUUCAAGGUCUUGAUCGGCCAUUUGGCAAAAAAAACCCUCCUCCCCCUUAUAAGGGUCUUCAAGAUCAAAACAGACCUUGUUGGAAGAAAAAGUCUGUUUUCUUUGAACUUGCAUACUGGAAACAUCUUCCGGUAAGACAUAAUCUUGAUGUGAUGCAUAUUGAGAAGAAUUGUUGCGAUGCUAUCCUCGGUACGUUGUUGAAUAUUCUAGGGAAGACUAAGGAUGGGGCUGCUGCUCGUUUAGACAUGGUUGAUAUGGGUAUACGCACUGAUUUGAAGGCUACAAGCACUGGAAAAAGGGAGAGGUUGCCUUUGGCUAGUUGGAACUUGUUCCUUGAUGAGAGAAAGAUCGUUUGUAGUUCAUUUUUCAAUAUGACUGUUCCGGUUAGGUUUUCAUCCAAUGUACGAAAUCUGGUGUCAAUGGAGGAAUUAAGACUCGCCGGUCUUAAAUCACAUGAUUGCCACACUAUAAUGCAACUUCUUCUCCCAGUCGCACUACGUUCAGUUUUAGAGAAACCGGUUCGGUAUGCAAUUAUCCGGUUCUGCCUACUUUUCAAAGCAAUAUGUAGCAAGGUGAUCGAUGUUUCAAAGCUAGAACAAAUGCAAGCAGACCUGGUUGAUACAGUUUGCCUGCUUGAGAAGUUCUUUCCACCCUCAUUUUUUGACAUAAUGAUUCACCUAACUGUUCAUCUCGUUAGGGAAGUUGAGUUAUGCGGUCCGAUCUUUUUUAGAUGGAUGUACCCUUUCGAGAGGUACAUGAAGGUGUUCAAAGGAUGGGUGAGGAAUCGACAAUUUCCUGAGGGCUGCAUUGCAGAGAGUUAUAUUGUUGAAGAGGCAAUUGAGUUUUGCUCAGAACGUAUACUUCCUGAAGAUGCUACCACUGUUGGGACCCCUUUGAGAACCAAAUAUGGGCUUUUAAAUGGCUGCAAACCGUUGUCAGGUGCCACCAUCAUUAGUGUGAAUCAGAAGCAGCUAGACCUAGCUCACCUUUGUGUUGUAAACGAAAUGAGAUUUGCCGAUAAUGCUGUUUCAGAAAGUAUUAGGUGGCUCGCAGGUGGACCGAAAAAGGAGGUCCCUACUUUUAGUGGAUAUCAUGUUAAUGGGGUUGAUUUCAACACUAUUGCGCGUGACAAAGUCAGAUCAGUUCAAAACAGUGGGGUUUUUUAG